CCAUACACAAAACCCCUUUUUUGUGUAACCCUUCUCCCUUAUAUCUGUUAUAUUUUCCUCCUAGCAUCAAGAUUUGAUGAAAAAGUAUGAAUUAAUACAUAAAGAAAUCAUUUUUAUGUGUGAAGAUUUGUUUUUUUAAGUUUGAGUUGAUUCUCGGGUCCAAGAAUGGAGGAGGGUGGUCUGAGUCAAAGUGGAGAAGAACCCAAAUCAUGGGAUGAGCUUUACAAUGUCAAUCUGAUGCCUUCGGAGAUUUUUCUCAAGUUCAGAAAAGAAAUUGAGGGCUAUCGAGUUGGUGUUAACUUGGAGUUUUACAAUGCCCCAUACAAUGAAUAUCUGGCUAAGCUGGUCUUAAAACCUUUAGCCCCUGAGCGGAGAUGGAAGUUCAUAUAUGAGCCUUUGCAUCAUGAAGUCCGCCUUCUUUCCAAGAAGAUCCCGGUGACAAAAUUUCUAAAUCUUCAGGUUGGUGUAGGCCAUAGCUUUCAGUUGCAGGCAACUGGUUGGAAAUGGAAGCUCACGACUUGUUUCGGCGGAGAUGGUAUCUCCAGUAUCCGGAAUAAAACAUCUCUUGGAUUAUGUCCUGGUGUGGAUUUCCGUUUUGGAUGGAAAGCAGAUUAUGUAUUUCCAGAAGUUACUGGGGCUUUAGGCACUGGUGAACCAUUGUUCAAUAUGAAUUCUGGACGACUACAAGCGUCGCUGGAUAGAGUGGAGGCCAUCUUUUCCCAAUAAGCACAGUCCAUUCUUGGACAUGUUAUUGAUGCUAUUGACAUUUCCCAACAAAUUAUCGACCUCCUAAAAAAUGUUGAAGAAAUGAGCUAGGGAGAGUUGGCUGACCACAGUUGCGGAAGAGUACCAAAGGAAGGAGGCAGAGGCGGAACUAGGAUUUUAGGCUCAUGGCACAUAUUUCUUAUUCUUCUUGCUAGAUCUAAGAAGUUUAUCACCACAUUAGUUUUGAGGCAAAGAAUUUUUGUAUGUCUCCAUCAAUGAAUUAGCCCAGAUAUAUAGUGUGUUAAUUUUCUCAUUCAAAUAUUGUUAUUGUACUUUUAUUCAAUCAUUCUUGCUUUUGUUA